AUGGCGGAAGAAGCUACGCAGCCCGCGCGCGCCGCCUCUCCGCAGGAUUGGGCCUCGCCCACCCUGCCCGCCGGCCAGGUUCCGGGGCUCGAUAACUCGUCGACCUCCUCAUCCUCGGUCUCCGGCAUGUCGGCGGGGUCGCGGCGCUCGUGGGGCGGCUUGCCCAACGGCCGGAGAGGAUACAUGCGCCCCGAAGGCACUUCGUUUGCGGACUCGGCGAAGAACAGAGAGAGCGUCAUGAGCUUGGGCACCAUUGCCCACCUGCAGUACUACUUUGCGAGGACUGGCCUGCUGGAUGACAAGGGCGGCCGCGUUGCCAAAGAGACCAAACGCAAGAAGAGCUCCAACGCGAUUGAAGGACUCCACACCACCGCCGACCGCGCCUACGAAUCCUUCCUGUCCUCGCAGGACGACAACAAGCGCUCGUCGUGCGCCAUCUCUGACGAUGGCUAUCUGAGUGAAUCUGCCACGGACGUGCCCUUUGUGGAAAGUCCCGUGGGCGAAGACUUCGAAACUCACUACGAAUAUGAACCGGCGCCCAUGCUGCCUCCGACGGUUAGCACGUAUAAAAACAAAGUCUUGUACACCCCGCCGCCGCCAGACAUUAUCGUUUUGCGGAGAGAGCUCAGAGAAGCCCUCGAAGAUGCCAAGAGGGUGCUUGCCGGCACCGAGCGCCCCGACACGAUUGCGAGGUACAAGCGCAAGGCGGCCGAGACGGAGAAGAUUGCGGCCGAGGCUGCGGAGAAGAGGAAGCAGGACGACGCUUCCGGCAACAUCUCGCCGGAAGCAGAGCAGGAGCCGCUGCCGGUCCCGCAGGGCUGGACGGAGAUUCAAGGUCUCCACGUCCUCGACAGCGUCACCCUUGCGAUCCGGGCCGCGAAGAACUACUACACCGCGCACGAGCAACCCGAACGCCUGUACUCGAUCAAGCCUGAGAAGACCAUCAGGAAGGAGUUGUACCAAACGCUGGAGGUGCUGAAGCGGAUGGCGGGACGCGACUUUGAGGGGGGCAUCCGGGACGACGAGCGGCAGAGCAUCAACGGGUGGAUUAACGACAUCGGGCAGCUUUUGGACUCUGAGCAAGCAAAGGAAGAACAGGAGCAGCUGGACCGCGAGAAGUGGAGCUGGAUCUCGGGUGACUGGACGGGCAAGGAGCGUGAAAGAGAGUGGCUCUUCCUCAAGUCGUUCGAUCCCCAUCCCGAGGACGAAAUACCGUCGUGGACGGCCCCGGAGGACGCGAGCGAGUUGCCCACGCCCUUCCUCAAAGCGAUGCACGACGGCCUUAAGCUCGUCCGCCUGCACAACUCGCUCGUGCGGAAGUCGAAACGGCAGUUCGAAGAGAUCAAGUCGUACCACAGGGACACGUCGCUGCCAUACCGGUGCGCGGAGAACCUGCGCUAUUGGGUCAAGGCGGCGGAGCUACGGUGGGAGGUCAAGCUCAAGUUGGACGUGAUGGAGGUGGUGCACGGGGAGAGCAGCGAGGCGUGGAAGAGCUUCGACAGGGCUCUCAUGAAAUGGUGCAAGGGGGUACGGGAGGAGAUUACUACGGAGUGGAAGCAGGCGCGGUUGAAGACGAUGACGAUUCCGCCCAUGCUGAAGAUUGACACGGAAACAAUGGCGUAG